AUGCAGCAUCUUGGCGAGUCUAGUACAAUGCGUCAACACAACAGCAAUGCCAGAUCAACCCAGCCUGGCCCCCAUAUGUGUCGAGUGCACAAUCUGGAAGCAAAGUUCUUCUUGAAUCGCCCAGUGGAGGAUCUGAUUCCUGCCAAGUACAUGAGACGAGCAGAAAAUAACUCGACUGUGCAACGCAAGCCAUGGAUAUUUCGUGGUGCUGUCGAUGAUGCCCGAGAUGUGGACCAGAGCGACUGGUCUGAAGUCGAUAUCCGAUACCGAGGAGUCUUCAAGACACUACUCAAAGUCCCUCCUUUUAGCAAAGGACUUUGGGAGGGCGGGUCUGAAGAGCAUAUGCCCCAAGAUGGUACCAGAAAUAUGCGAACCCAGGCACAGGUCAUGUACGCACUGGUGAGUGAGGUUGGCGAGAUGCUUGAUCUGCAGCGACCUACUCGAGAGGGUGACGCCGUCUUUUUCUUGAAACCCAGGUUGGUCUCCACAACCCUCGAAUACUGGACUGGAUAUCGCGAGAAACACAGAGAUGGUCCCCACACAUCCGGCUUCGUUUCUCUAGAAUUCGGGCCCGAUAGUGGUCAAUGCUUGCGAAUACUCCCUGUGUCGGCAGUAAGUUUCACUCUAGCGUCUUCAGAUGACCCCUCUAACCAACACUUCCAGACAACCAAAGACGAGCACCUUAUCUCAGCCCUAAACGCCAAGUUCAAACUGAUGCUAGGCCAACUCCUUCUGCAUGUUCGUCCCCUCCACAUCCCCGGCGACAAACUGCCCGACCAAGAGAUCUUCCUGCUGGGUCUACACGGCUCAAAGCUUCACCUCUUGCGAGCCUACUUUCCCGGCCAGAAAAUCUCCAGCCUUUGGUGUCGCCGCGAAGUUCCAGGUCCAGUGACCCACACCUUUCAACCCAACCAUCGUCGCCGAGCACACUCAACACCUUUGACAGCGCAUGCAUCCCACAUUGAAAACUACGACGCUGAUACGGAAUAUGACUCUUUCGACGAGGAUAUACUUCUCGGUACAUUUCCAGCCACCUCCACAGCUGCAGGCGUAAGCGUAAACGCGGACAUGGCUACACCCCCCCGUCCACCUACUCGCCGAGGCCGAAGUGGUUCCCUCCGCGGUCCCCGCUUCUACGGAGAAGAGAACCUCGAGCGAAUGCGUCGUCAGUUCGAAGCUACCCGUCUGCGCAUGCUAGACGGGGAGCCAAAGCUGCGCACAUUCCGGGUCCUCGGAACACAGGAGUACGAUCUAUGGGCGAAGCAGGAUUUCGCAGCCGCAGUGAAGUUACUCGCUGCGCUGCAGAUGUAUCUACUGAGUGGGGAAGCAAAAUGCGGAGCUAUGCAGGAUGUGUUUGAGAAGCACCCCAUCAAUGGAGCGGAUGAGGGAGAUGAUGCUGUGGACUCGGACUCGUCUUCAGAUUAUAUGUUUCCUGGACCUAUUUCUCAGCAGGAUAGGACGGCGUUGUUGAAGGAGCAUUUUGAAAUUGAGGAGAAGAGACUUGCUACGAUGGAGGAGGAGUUGAAGGAAGCUGAGAUUGCGAAGUGGGCGGAGGAGGAUAGGGCUGCUCGGGUCUCGGAGGCGAUGGAGGUUGGGGGUGGUAAUCGGAUUUCGAGUUUUCGGGAGGCGAGGAAGCCUUGGUGGGAGUUUGUUUGGGAUGACCAGGAGGGUUUUGUGACAAAUCACACGGAUGAUGAGGGUGAGAUGGUCGUGGGUAAUUUGAUGUAG